UUUCACAACGUAUGACAAUACUUUCUGUAUUGUUGAGAAUAUAUGAAAAAAAUUUUCGUAACCAAAAUUAUAUUAUGUUAAAAUCAGGUAUAUAUACCAAUGAAAAUAAAAAAUCUUAUGAAUAUCCAAAUAAAGAAAUAUAUACACGAACACAUUUUUCGUUGAAAAAACCAAAAGAUAAUUAUUUGGAUAAUUUAAAAAAAGGUUGUAUUGGGAGUUCUGCUACAUGUGGACUUUCAUCUAUGAUUACAGGAAGUUGUGGUGUUAAUUUUGGUGUUAUUGCAGCUAAAGUGGCAACUUUUAGUGCAGACUUUUAUCCCUUAUGGUAUGGCUUUU